GUUUUCCGCGAGUCAAAUUUACUCCUGAGAUUAAAAAAAUUGAAACAUUUAAACUCGUUGUAAGAACGUAGUGGCCCGCGAGUUUACCGUAGUGACUCGUGAGUAACUCGUGCGUUUGGCCCGAGUGCCAGAAGUGAAAUGUUGAAGAUUAGUCAGAUCUUAAUGGAAAUUUUUCAGUGAAGGAGCAAAAAGCACUCACCGGGGAUCUGAGAAAAGAAUGAACCAUGCAGUGUGGGGAAAGAAUUUGUAAAACAAUUCAAUUCGAGUUAAUUUCGCUUAUUUUGCUUCUGUAGGAACGACAACUGAUUUAAUCGGCGGUUCAGCGGGAUGUGUUCAGUGGUGGCCAGUUGAUAACUAACCAGGAAGUGUAAUUCGAUCCCAAAGGUAGGAAUAGGUUGGGAUACAAACAUUUGUUUCCUGGUUGGGAUACAAACUUGGUGGAAGAAUGUCAGUGAGAAGCAGGGCGUCGUUGCUGGCGCUCCUGCUGGGCGCCGCGCUCUUCUCCUCUGCGGGGAAUCGCGGCUCAGAAGCGGCCAAGAUCCUGGCCGUGCCCGCCGACUGGAGCCACUGGAUCAUCAUGAAGACCCUGCUCCUGGAACUGGUGGCGAGCGGGCACCAAGUGACGGUGCUGAGGAGCAACGACUCGCGGGGGUUGGAAACAACAUCCGAGGAUUUCACGCUGGAAACUAUCCUGGUGCCGGCAGCUGAGUCGCGCAAAACGCGGAACGCGAGCGAAAUCCGUGACAUUGUCUUCAACUCGCUCUACGUGGAAGACGGCUUCCUCUCCAGCUUCGCCGCCGCCCGCAGCAUGUUGAGCUUAUUCCUACUCAACAAAGAGGUGACCAUCCCGGUCAUCCGCGCGUUGUUUGACGACCGCGCACUGUUGCAGCGACUGAAAGGAGCAGGGUUUGACCUGACUUUAGCCGACCCUUACCAUGCGGCCGGGGCCAUGUUGGCACAGGUACUGGGCACGCCGCUGGUGUUCUUUGGCAGGUGGAUGAUCACCGGGGACCUCCACUUUAACUUGGCUCCGUCGCCACUUUCCUUCGUGCCCGUGGUAAAUUCCCGCUUGUCGGACAGGAUGUCGGUGUGGGAGAGGAUGAAGAACGUGUUGAUCUAUGAGAUGUCCAGAUUCACAAGUUACUUCUACAUUUACCCCGCCUAUAACGAGCUGUGUCGGCGUUACCUGGACAGCGACAUCACGGUGGAAGAGCUUUAUGCCAAGGCUGACAUGGUCCUGAUGAAGGUUGACUUUGCCUUUGAUUAUCCCCGGCCCACCAUGCCAAACCUGGUUUACAUCGGGGGUGUUCAGUGUAGCGCGGGCCGCCCGCUCUCUGCUGAACUGCAGCGGUUCAUGGACGGUUCUGGGGACCAAGGGGUCGUGAUCUUCUCCUUGGGAAGUGUGGUGAGCAUCUACCCACCAGAACUGGCGACUGAAUUGGCGGCGGGACUGGCCCGCCUACCCCAGAGAGUGGUCUGGCGCUUGGUUGGAGACGCGCCAUCCACCUUAGGGAAUAACACCAAGGUGAUGAGUUGGCUUCCUCAAAACGAUCUGCUGGGUCACCCGAAGACCAGAGCCUUCAUCACCCACGGUGGGGAGAACGGGCUCUACGAGGCCAUUUAUCACGGCGUCCCUCUGGUCGGCAUCCCAGUUUUGGGCGAUCAGUACGACAACCUUCUGCGCCUCAAAACGCGAGGGGCGGCGAUCAUGCUGGACUUGGCUCAUUUAACAAGCGAUGUGAUCUUCCAGGCGGUGAAGACUGUCAUCGAGAUCCCUUCCUACGGGGAGAACAUGAAGCGAAUAUCCGCCUUGCACCGGGAUGUCCCGCUGGAACCCAAAGCGCUGGCGGUCUUCUGGAUUGAAUACACCAUUAGGCACCGAGGCGCCGCUCACUUGCGAGCCGCGGGCACUGAGCUGCCCUUCUAUCAGUACUACCUGCUGGAUGUCAUCGCCAUCCUCGUUGCUGUGUCGACGCUUGCCCUUUAUCUGGCGUGUAAAUUGCUUAAAGCUUUACUUGUCAAAAUAUCUUCAGGUGGGAAGAGGAAAUUGGACUAAAUUGAAGAAUUAAGGAGUGAUGUGCGGCGACAGGUGAAUUGUUGGCAGCUACGUUUGCACUGCAUCAGAUUUUGCAUUCCAAUAUAACCACGGAUAACAAUCUGCAUUUUAUUCUCAGAUGGCUAUAUGGUCAAUGUUUCAAUGAUUCAAAGAUGGGUUCUUGUCACAUGUAGCCAAGUGCAGUGAAAUGCUUUAUUUUGCAUACAAGCCGGUAGAAUCAUUAAGUAGGCCUCACCUCAGCAGUACAAGUGUCGCCACAUUUUAGCGUCGUCAAUUUGCUCUGAAGAAGGGUCUCGACCCGAAACGUCACCCAUUCCUUCUCACCAGAGAUGCUGCCUGUCCCGCUGAGUGACUCCAGUAUUUUGUGCCUAUCUUAUCCCACUUUGGCAUCCUACACACUAAGGGCAGUUGGCAGAAGCUAAUUAAAACCAAGAUGCCGCAUGUCUUUGGACCGUGGUAGGAAACCGGAGCACAGGGAGAACGUGCAAACUCCAUAUAGACAGCGCCCAGGGUCAGGAUCGAAACCGGGUCUUUGGCGUUGUGAGGCGGGCGGCUCCACUGUUCAUCAUGUGCGAACACAAUGACAUGGUGGGUAAACGGCGAAGGUUGGUAGACCCCAACCAAAUCCCUGUACAUCGGGCAAUUGUGGCAUCAAUCAGGGUACUUUGCUAAUCCUCACUUUAGACACAGCCAGCACCUUAUUAUAACCUCUGCCAGCCAAGCACCCAAAGACGAGAAGUUCCCUUCUCCUUAUUGAUACUUAUUGAUAUAUUUAAGAGGGAGUUAGAUGUGGCUAAAUGUAUCAGGGGGUAUGGAGAGAGGCAGGUACAGGAUACUGAGUUGGAUGAUCAGCCGUGAUCAUACUGAAUGGCAGUGCAGGUUCGAAGGGCAGAAUGGCCUACUCCUGCACCUAUUUUCUAUGUUUCUAUGUUUCAAAGGGUACGAGUUUUUUUAAUUAAUGAUUGCAUUCCCCAUUAUCCAAUCCUACACGUGUAGAUGCUGGUUAAUACACAAAAGGACACAAGGUGCAGGAGUAACUCAGCGGGCCAGACAGCAUCUCCGGAGAACAUGGGCAGGUGAUGUUGCAGGUCAAGACUCAACCCUGAUGAGUUACUCCAGCAUUUUGUGUCUCUCCAAGGCUAUUGCAGCCACUUUGACGUUGAGGAGUCGUUAUAAAGAAAACAUGAGUUGUAUUUCUGCAAUUCCAUUCACGGCUUUAGUGAAUGUUCUUUAGAACAUUCUUUGGAACAUGGAAGAGCACAGCACAGGAAUAGGCCCUUCAGCCCACAGUAUCCAGAACAUGGCUUUAGUGACUUCAAUCCCAUUGGAUUUCAUUGGAGACUCUCAGACAAUCUUUAAUUGGGCUUUAUCUUGCACUAAAUGUUAUUCCCUUGGUCAUGUAUCUGUACACUGUGGAUGGCUCGAAUGUAAAUCAUGAGUUGUUUUUCCGCUGACUGGUUAGCACACUACAAAAGCUUUUCACUGUACAUCGGUACACUAAAAAUAAACUAAACUACAAUAAACUAAACUAAACCAAACGAACCUCCUGCAAACAUCGACAGGUUGUGAAGUGGAGAUCAUCACAGGUUGCAACUGAUGUUUCCUCUUCUAAACAGAACAUAAUUUUACAUAAUUCCACUUUUGGCAGCUCUACCUCCACCUACCACAUAAUUCUUCUUAUAUGCUCUGACCUUCUCCUAUUUGGACAUUAUGUACUGGUUACCAGAACAAUUUAACAAUGUGCUUUCUUUUCAUUGUGUUAGUUUUCUUUCAUAAGCAUUGAAACAGGAUAAAUGUUAGAUUUGAUGUUGAUUUGUUCUGGUAAUAAUGGCUUAGCUGUUGUUUCCGAAGCAUUUCAUAAACCUUGCAGUAUAUUGCUCUGACCUGUAUCCAGCAUUAUUUCUUACAGAACUAUUUUUUUUAAUGACAUUUGGCAUGUUGCUAUUUGUGUGAAAUAUGUUGUGAAAGAACAAAUUCCCCAGCCCCAUUAAGCAAGUUGGAUCUGAUCUCCGUAACUAAGUGAACAGGCUAGGGAGAACCGCAACUGAUCGCAAUAUUCUUGUAAAAAUGGCAAAGCCACAGUGAUGUGACAGUGCUUGUAGGAACGUCCAUGGAAGGUAAGGUUGUGUCGAAUAGGAAGAUUAUAGACCCAUUAGACUGCAGAUGCUAGAAUCCUGAGCAAAAAAAAUAACAAACUUCCGGAGGAACUGAGCAUCUGUGGCGGAAAAUGGAGAACUUCUAAUUCUGAAGAAGGGUUCCAACCAGAAAUGUUAUCCAUCCGUUUGCCUGUACAGAUGCUGCCUGACCCAUUGAGUUCCUUGCACAGUUUAUUAUUUGCUUAAGAUUCCAGCAACUGCAGUUCUCCAAACUCUCAUCUAUUGAAAUGACCCCCAAAUUAAAAUUCUUCCUCAGCCUAAAACUCUGAUUGUUAACGAGGAUGACACAUUUGCACCAAUACGGACAGACUGUGGCCUGUGGAUGAGGAAGUUGAGGAUGCAAUUGCAGAGGGAUGCGCAGAGAUCCAGACCUGAGAGCUUGGUAACCAGCUUCAAGUCAAGUCAAGUCAAGUUUAUUUGUCACAUACACAUACGAGAUGUGCAGUGAAAUGAAAGUGGCGAUGCUCGCGGACUUUUGUGCAAAAAGACAAACAACCAAACAAACUAUAAACACAAUCAUAACACACAUAUUCCUUUUACAUAAUAAAUAAUGGAAAGAAAACAUUCAUUAGAGUUAGUCCCUGGUGAGAUAGGCAUUUACAGUCCGAAUGGCCUCAGGGAAGAAACUCCUUCUCAACCUCUCCGUUCUCACCGCAUGGCAACGGAGGCGUUUGCCUGACCGUAGCAGCUGGAACAGUCCGUUGCAGGGGUGGAAGGGGUCUCUCAUGAUAUUGUUGGCUCUGUAGUUGCACCUCCUGAUGUAUAGUUCCUGCAGGGGGGCAAGUGAAGUUCCCAUAGUGCGUUCGGCCGAACGCACUACUCUCUGCAGAGCCUUCUUGUCCUUGGCAGAGCAAUUCCCAAACCAGAUGAUAAUGUUCCCGGACAAGAUGCUUCCCACCGCCGCUGCGUAAAAGCACUGGAGGAUCCUCGGAGACACUCUGAAUUUCCUCAAUUGCCUGAGGCUUGGAGGGGAUGAUGGUAUUAAAUUCACAGAUGUGAUCUUUGAUUAAAUUUUUAAGUUUUCACUUACUGUUUAUUUCAAAGUUUAGUGGGCCUGAGCUUAAGGGUCACCAGUGAUAAACCUAUUAAAGAAUUGAGGAGGGCAUUUCUUCGUGCAGAGAGUGUUCAGAAUGUGAGUGAUACCAGGGUGAAGGAAGGGCUGAGCAGUAUAACACAAGCAUUUCAUGUGGAUAGUGGAUAACUACAAGAGGGAGUUGACAGAGCUGCCGUGUCACUGCGCUGGAGUCCCACGUUCAAUCCUGACCUCAGGAGCUAUCUGUGUGGAGUUUGCACGUUAACCCUGUGACCGGGUGGGUUUCCUCCGGGUGCUCUGGUUUCCAUCAACAUUCCAAAGGCUUGUUGGUUGAUUGGCCCUCUGUAAAUUACCCCUAGUGUGUGAGAUGACAUAUGUAGAUUGGUUAUUGCAUGUGAACCAAUCAGAGUAAUGUACUGACACUAACUCCACCUUACUGUACACUUUAUAUUAACACUCAUUUCCCAUAUUACGUAGUUACACUGGUGGUAGAGGUGAACUAACAAUGUAUUGUACUGUAUCAUUAUAACCGAUGAUUAAAGCUGACUUUGAACACCA